CCCCCUCCCUCCCCCUCCCUCUGCUGCCUCGAGUUCUCUCAACGCGUGGCGGUGCAUUUUCUUGGUCCCCCUGCUCUUGGCGUCGACCGUGUCCCUUCCUCUUCGCGGAACCCUUCCCGGUCGCCUCCUGGUGCCCCCGGCUGCGCUUGACCAUGGCAAGGCGAUUCCCCUGUAGCCACAUUGAAACCAUCAUCGGCGCCCGACGGGCCGACAUCCAGGAGCUUGUGUUCUCGGUCGGCGUCGGGGCAUCGACCCAUCGCAAGGAGGAGCUGGUCCGCAUCCUGGGCAUGGUGGCCGCGGCGCAGCAUGGCGCCGAGCCGACGGCGGACACCGACGGCCGCCCGGUCUUUGGGGCUCCGGUGCCGGCAUUUCUCCGCCCCACUGGGCAGACCAUCCUCAGCAUCGAUGUCGGGCUGCGGAACAUGGCCCUGGCGCUGAUCGAGGCCCGGCGGCCGGCACUGGCCGAGGCGGCCGCGAGGCCCCUGCUGCCGCCCUUGCGUCUGCUCGAGUGGAUGGUCAUCCCGGUGGACGGGCUGCCGGAUGCCUUCAACCUGCCGCAGUAUGCCCGCGCGGUCAGCGACUUCGUGGAUCAGCGCCUGCCCUUGGCCGAUGUGAAUGUCCUGGAACGGCAGAUGCGAGUAUUCGCCAGUAACUCCUCCAUCGGCGACUCGAUCAACAUCAUCUCCGGGCAGCUGCAGGUGGCCCUCCUGCGUCGGGUCAUGCCCCUGGCUCCGGCGAGGGAUCCCUUCUUCUGUGGUCUGGCUUCGGCCGAGGCCAAUCCGAAGCUGGUGGCCGGCAUCUUCGACCUGGCGCAGGGCUAUAGUCGCAAGAAGAAUAGCUCCAUGCGCCUGGUGGAAAGGUUGCUGGCGGCCCCGGACUCCAGCCUGGCCCUUCCCGGGGGCACUGGCAUCAGCGCGGACAACCGCCUGGCGAUGACGGCCACCGAUGCCGAUGGCCAGGGCUUUUGGCCGCUGGCGCGUACGCUCCAUGUGCCGGAGCACCUGGCGGCGCGCUUUCACGCCGCCCAAAAGAAGGACGACAUGAGUGAUGCCCUGCUGCAGGCGGUGGCCACGGCCCUCUGGCGAGACCAGGCCCUGUACAAUGUCGGCCGAGUUCUGGGCUGCCGAUGUGACCCCCGGUCGGGGGAGGAAUGCUGCCUGCUGGUGCCCAGCUCGGUGGAGGAUGCGCUGCCGCCGGGUUCCGAUCCGCAUGGCGCCGACGAGGGUGCUGCCGCGCCGGCCAAAGCUCCGGCCACUCGUGGCCGCGCGAGCCGCGCCGCAAAGCCCAAGGCCAAGCAGGCCGCAGAUGUCGAUGCCGAGUCGCAGGCCGACACGACGCCCAAGCCCCCGCGCAAGUCUAAGGCCAAGUCCACGGUCAAAUCGCCGGCCGACGAUCCUGGCAGCCUGCCCGAAGCCCAGCCAUCGCACGCGGCCACGGAAGAGGCCCCGGCCCCGGCCCGGCAGACCCGGCGCCCCCGCAAGAAGGCCACCUCGGCCGCGGCAACCGAAUAGACUUGCGGGAUCUGC